GACAGCUGAACACACAGCUUCUAGAACAAGAGCCAAAAGGAAACCGGAAGAAAUCACUUCAUCUUGAGUAAACAUGACUUCCAAGCUGGCUGUGGCUCUCUUGGUAGCCUUCCUACUUUCUGCAGUUCUCUGUGAAGCUGCAGUUCUGACAAGGAUUGGCACAGAACUUCGAUGCCAGUGCAUAAAGACUCAUUCCACACCUUUCCACCCCAAAUAUAUCAAAGAAUUGAGAGUGAUCGAGAGUGGACCACACUGUGCCAAUUCUGAAAUCAUUGUCAAGCUAGUUGAUGGAAGAGAGCUCUGCCUGAACCCCAAGGAAAAGUGGGUGCAGAAGGUUGUGGAGAUAUUUUUGAAGAGGGCUGAAAAGCAAGAAACCAUGAAAAAAAAAAAAAAAAAGCUGUGUUCUCCGUGGUAGUCAAGAAUUCUUCAGUAAAGAUGCCAACGAGACUUCAAACAAAUCUACUUCAGCAUUUCAUGUAUUGUGUGGGUCUCUUAUGAGUUUGCCAGAUAAAAUACAGGAUGCCCAGUUAAAUUUAAAUUUCAGUAAAACAAUAGAUUUUUUUUCAUUGUGUCAUGUAAUCUAUAGGAUGUAUUUGUUUUUAAAAAAUUAUUUGAAACUAUGGCAAAGUUUAGGAAUUCGUUUGCUAGAAAUGUGAUAUUUCAAGCAUUAGAUGAAAAUUAUGGCACAAUGAUGUUUUCUUUAAAUUCAAACUUAGCCGGAAAUCUUAGAUUUUAUUUGUGAAGUCUGGCUGCUCUCAUCUGCAGAUCCUUGGUUUCUCCUUUAUUUCUAAACUGGGGAAAAACAUAUCAGUUUUUGCAUCCUACCUCACAGGGAUGUUGUGAGGACAUGUGGAAGCACUUUAAGUUCUUUUCAUGUAAAUUAUUUUCAAGGGUAACUUAUUCACUUAUUUAUUAUUUAAAUAUUUAUUUAAGCCUCAGAUAUGGUCAUAUUGUGCAUGAGUUUGAAACAAUGGAAAAGGAAACAGAAGACUCUUGUUUGAUAAGAUAGUAUAAUGAUGUUAGAGGGAAUUUAUAUUUAUUGUAGAUAUUAAAUUGUGCUUUAUUAUAGAACUUUUGUUCAGAAUUUAUAGCCUUAAUGAAAAAAUAGAUAAUCAGUUAAAAUUUAGUUAAGGUAAACAACAAAUAAUGUUUCAUUGUAGGUGUGUCAUUGUUACCUGAAAUUUUAGUUGAGCUGACAAUCCUAGUUUUGAUGCUCUUGCUCUUACCUUGUUAUUGGUAGCUUGUUAGCAGUGCCAUGAUAAAUUAUAGAAUCCUGAGUUAAGACUACCUGUCUCAAAACAGUCAAAAUUUAACAGCAAGCACUGUAAUUUCUUAGUGGUUGAAAUUUAUUUACGAGGUACAAAUAGAUUCUCAUAAUUUGAUUUACACAAUUGCUUUUUAACUACCACACUUUUUAAAAUUUUAAGAUGUUUUUAUGAGUUCCCAAAGAUUUUUUUCUAUUGUGUAUGAUAGCAUGGAAACAUAAAUGUAACUACAAAACAUUUAAAAUAUAAUUUAUUAUCAAAGUC